UUGACCGGAUAUGACGUAGCUUCAAAGAUUUGUCAGGCACUCAGUUGUCUCAUAGUAUGCCAAACGAUGACAGCUAAUGGUUGUUUUUAUAUCAACUGUCCAACUCUCUUCUCUACCUCUUCUUUUCUGUGUACCUGAGUUGUUGUUUUUUGGUUGUUUGUUGUCACCGGUGAACCUACAUGCUACAGAGUCUUCCAAUUGGGGCAAACUUUUUAGCUCCAGCGACUGGGAUGAGGAAGCUAGCCCGGCAGCAGCUAGCCAACAUGGGCGAAGACAGGGACUCUUUAUUCAUCUCCGCGGAGUGUUGGCUUUAUCUACAUUUUGCACACGCAAAGGGUCAAUAGUUGGAUCGUUCCCUAACCUUCAGACCUCUUGCAAAAAAUAAGGAAAAUGCUGUCUAUUAUGCAGGCUGCACCUUAAGUACAGUGUGGGCCACUGGAAACCUGCAAGGUUGCAGACACCCUGCAGCCUCUUUUAGAUUUGUUUUGGGUUGUAUGGAGGAGUAAGCUAUGGGAGGCUCUGUGUCCUGCUGCAUUUCCCCGGGAGAGAGUCCCAAGAUCCGCAGGAGAGACGUGGAGUUGGAGGAAUGUCCUUUCACUGCAGAGGAUGUGAGUGAGGACACUGGCACGUACCUGCAGCACAUCAGUGACAGGGAGCUCCCUGAUGAACUGGCCCAAGAAGCCAACCCAUCCGACCACGCCAAAGCCAGCACCCUUUUCCUCAACAAGUCUCAAACAGACGUACGAGAGAAAAGAAAAAGCGCCUACACGAACCAUAUAUCCCCUGCCCUCCUGACAAAGAAGUACAGCUCCUGCUCCACAAUCUUCCUGGACGACAGCACAGUCAGCCAGCCAAACCUCAAGAACAACAUCAAAUGUGUUGCCUUGGCAAUAUAUUACCACAUAAAAAACAGAGAUUCAAAUCGCUCACUGGAAAUAUUUGAUGAAAAGAAACAUCCACUGUCGCGCGACAAAGUUGCAGAUGACUACUCUGUGGUGGACCCCGAGCACAGGCUGAUAUACCGCUUCAUACGCACUCUUUUUGGCUCGGCUCAGCUCACCGCAGAGUGCGCCAUUGUGACAUUGGUGUACUUGGAGCGGCUGCUAACUUAUGCAGAGAUUGACAUUUGCCCUUGCAACUGGAAACGGAUCGUUCUAGGUGCAAUCCUGCUGGCUUCUAAGGUGUGGGACGACCAGGCAGUAUGGAAUGUGGACUACUGCCAGAUCCUCAAAGACAUCGCUGUGGAUGACAUGAACGAUAUGGAGCGACAGUUCCUCGAGUUGCUCCAGUUCAACAUCAACGUCCCGGCCAGUGUCUAUGCCAAGUAUUACUUUGACCUGCGUUCACUCGCCGAUGACAACAACCUUGGCUUCCCCUUGGAGCCACUAAGCAACAAGAGGGCCCAAAAACUAGAGGCGAUCUCCAGGCUUUGUGAGGACCGGUAUAAGUAUCUGAACAAAUCCACUUUGAAGAGGUCUCUCAGUGCAGACAAUUUAUUUGGGACUAAGAUCUCAAAGGCAGUACUGUCCUAAUUGUACAGCAACCGUGUUGGAUCCCAUAAGGUAGUGAAGCACCAUCAUGGACGUUUAAAGUAGGAAUUGUUUUAAAAUUAUGGUAAAGUGGUGAAGGCAACCAGCAUGAAGCCACAUAAGUUGAUGAUUUGCUGACUUUUCUUUUAGUCUUCACAAACUGUCAGAUGCAACAGUGAUGGUGUUCCUUAGUUUGGAACACAAGUGAACUCUGCCUUGCUUACCGUGUAGGCAAUAAUGGCUGUAAAAUGUAUCAAAUGAAUGAACAUUGGAGAACCAGGCGUCAAACUGUGAUUUGUUCAAAAAACAAAUGUCACAGAUGUGACUAGAAGAGAUUAGCAGUGGUGUAGGUCAUUAGCUCACAAAAAACAAAACAUCUUCCUGUUUUAGAUACACUAUUUAUUAGGGGUGUAACGGUACACAAAAAUUUCGGUUCGGUACGUACCUCGGUUUAGAGGUCACGGUUCGGUUCAUUUUGGGUACAGUAAGAAAACAAAAAUAUAUACAUUUUUUGGUUAUUUAUUCACCAAAUUUGUAAACAAUCCUUUUAACAUUGGGAACACUAUUAUAAUUCUGCCCAUGUUAAUCCACAUUAAACUGCCUCAAGUUGUUGCUUUGAUUAAAUAGAAUGAAAAAAACUUUUCUUCUACAUAUAAAAAGUGCAACAUUAAACAGUUUCAAGUCAACUCCUCAUGCUUAAUUUAUCACAGCAUUUGGGAAGCCUGUAGUUGACUUUUAUUAUGUAAAUGUUAUAUUUUUAUCAACAUGUGAUAGCAGGGACCCUGCCAUUCAAAACUAGGCUGCUACAUUACUAAUGAUUAAUGUAACUAUAGCUGAAAAAAUUGUACAAUAGCAAAAGGAGAGACUAUUAAUCCCUGAACACCAUGGUGUUCAAUGAAAUAACAGACAGUGCUUUGCUGCCCCUAACACACACACACACACACAGCAAAAUGAGCUAACGUCACGCUAAAAGCUAACUAGCCUUCACCUCAAGCCAGAACUGCGAGUGAGCUGAGCUGCAGUUUAAGUUUCUAGAAGGUCAACGGGCUCAUAGUGAUGCUUGUAAUAGUUGUGACUGGGAGGUGUUUAUUAUAAUUUGGGGAGAGUACGCUGUCCGCUGCUCCCCUGCUAAACGAAUAUCUGCUCGACGCUGAAGCAUUGACUACAUGCGCUCUGAAUACGCACUGCUGAUUGGCUUUUUAUGUAACCAAUCAGAUGGUUGCGUGGGUGGUACAAUCCUUGCUGCUGAGACAGAGGCAGAAAGCAGAGCAGCUUGUGAAGACUUUUGCUUACAAACUCGUUCGGUACGCCCGCGUGCCAAACCGAAACCCCCGUAUCGAAACGGUUCAAUACAAAUACACGUACCGUUACAUCCCUACUAUUCAUCCUAAAAAAAACACUUUCGCAUUGACAUUUUCAAGAAAAAAUGGUAUAGAGAAACUCACGGUUUCCUCUUUGGUAUCUGGUAAGUUGCCAUAAAUGAGGCCUUUUUCCAUCAAAGUUCAGAAUCAUUAAGGUCCAGGAACCUUUAGUUCCUCAAACUAUAAGUUUC